AUUCGGAUAUUCGAGAGCAAAAAAAACACAAACUGCAACUAGAACAAGAAGAAGAAGAAGAAAGACCAAGAUUUCAGAGAAAGCAGUUGACCGGAAAAUGAAGGCUGAGUUGGAUUUACCGGCGGGGUUCAGGUUUCAUCCGACCGAUGAGGAGCUGGUGAACCACUACUUGAUCAAGAAAUGUGCUUCCCAGAAUAUUUCGGUUCCCAUCAUCAAAGAGAUUGAUCUUUACAAAUUCGAUCCAUGGCAGUUACCUGAAAUGGCGCUGUAUGGUGAGAAAGAAUGGUAUUUCUUUUCUCCAAGGGACAGAAAAUAUCCAAACGGUUCAAGGCCGAACCGGGCGGCCGGAACCGGGUACUGGAAGGCGACCGGAGCAGACAAGCACAUUGGAAAGCCAAAGGCGCUUGGGAUCAAAAAGGCUCUUGUUUUCUAUGCCGGGAAAGCCCCUAAAGGAGUCAAGACCAAUUGGAUCAUGCAUGAGUAUCGACUUGCAAAUGUUGAUCGGUCUGCUUCCAAGAAAAACCACAACUUGAGGCUUGAUGAUUGGGUGCUAUGCCGAAUUUACAACAAGAAAGGUAGCAUUGAGAAGUAUAACACUGCUACCGUGGAAAGGAAUAGAUUCCCAACAUACUCGGAAAUAAUGGACCAUGAGGAGAAGCCAGAAUUGAAAAACAUACAGUUCAAUGUAGCACCAUCACAAGUGCCACAAAUGCCAUCAGCUGUAGCACCAGUUACACAGCACACGGAUGUUCUGUCCGGAGAUUAUUCAGCACCGAGAUUGCAGCACACGCAACACACGACAGACUAUUCUAGCUGCUCGGAUCAUGUAUUCUCGCCGGAGGUCCAGAGCGAGUUCCAGUGGACUAGUAGUCCUGAAUUCAGUGAAUUGGACAAUUCCAUGAACAUGAACUUCCUUGAGAGCAAUGACCAGUUCAAUUACAUGGAUGGCUUCUCACUAGCAGAUAUUGAUGACCCUUUUGGCAAUCAAGCUCAAGCUCAAGCUCAGACUCAGUAUCAAAUGGACCAGCAGGACCUGUUCAUGUACUUGCAAAACCAAAUUUAAUUAAUUUCAAUCUUAGGACAAAAGAAAAGAGGAAAAAAAAAGGGUGGCAGAUGGGAGAUCUGUAAGGGAUCCGAAUUUUUUUGUCUAGUUGGUAUUUCUAGGUGAUGGCUCUAUAGUUUAUUCUGGUCCUUGAAAUGAUUGAAUUUUGUGACGGAUGCACAAACGUAUAUGGGCAGGCCCUUGUUAGAUUCUCAAUGUUAAUAUUGUAGGGAAUGAUUCCUUUACGAAAUUUUUUUAUAUUUUCAAUAUAGGCAGAAUCU